AUGGGUGUUACGACACAUACUGGUGAGCCUACAACACUCAAAAGCAUGAAACCUGCGACUGACAAGCCUGAUUUCCUGGCGACUGAGGCGUUGAUACCCAGGACUACGACCAAUCUCGAUACAAACCCGGUCUUGAGUAAUAUAUCUAUUCCUACAAAAAUGGCUGCCGAGCCAGAGGAUUUCUCUCCUCAAAGCAAUGGGACGCUCGAGCCUGAUGAGUCUGAAUAUUUGACUGAUACGGGUGCUGUGGGCGAAAGUGAGUCGCCAAACAGUGAAAGACCGGUUCAAAACACUGCAGAAGGCAAGAAGACUGCAUUGUAUAAGAGGACAGGACCACCGGGUGCUCAUGCAAAAUCUCUAACGUUCUCGUUGAAUAAUAACGCCCAUAUGAAACGGUCGAGCAUCUACGAAUCGAAAUCUACAGUAACAGCAAUUCCAAUACGAAAUGCAAUGAAUAGCAAUCGGCAGCACCAUUGGGAUAACGAGGAUGCGAUCUCUAUGAAGAGUGGCUCAUCAUCAAUGACUGCUUCGCUCUCUAGAAGCUUUCUGUUUGGGUUCUAUCACAAUAAGAAGAAGGAUAAAGAACAUACCAAGGGUGUAAUUUCAAAGGAGUAUUGGAUGAAAGAUGAUAGUGCUAAGGAAUGCUUCACAUGUGGGAAGACUUUCAACACUUUCAGAAGGAGGCAUCAUUGUAGGAUAUGCGGCCAGAUCUUUUGCAAUAGCUGCACGUUAUCCAUUCCAGGCGAACGGUUUGGUUACAGUGGGACUAUGAGGGUUUGUAAUAAUUGUUAUGAGCACGCAAACAAUUUCGAGGACUCGAGCGAUGAGGAAUCUGCCAUGGAUCAGGUUAGUCAUCAUCAAAGUAAUGAAGACCGUCUUAUCUAUUCUGCCCAGGAAAGCAAUCCGAAUCAGUUUCAAUGGGAAGCAGAAUCGCUCAAUGGUGAUAGUGACAGCGCUUCGCAACAACGUGAAGUGACAUUAUUAAAUGAUGAUGGUGAUACGCAAAGUAUAUUAACAACGGCAGAAGACUCAAAGAUGUUUGUAUCAACACCACCACCACCACCCAAGAUGGCGAUUCCAGCUACAAGACAGGGUGAAUCCUUAGAAAUAUCAUUUCCAGCGCAGAAUACUCCCGUUGAAAGCUGGCAUCGAGAGAGUAUUUCGGGCUCCGCCGCUGGUUCGCGAGAUCGAUAUACAAUAAAAGAUGUCGAUAUGCUUCCAUCACUUGACCAGGCUCAUGUUUCACCUUUACAGGCACAUAGUAAGUCGGGGGUGAAGCUGGGAAACUCUCUGCGACGCACAAUCUUCAACAGAGUUGGUAAUAAGAGGCCCGCUUUAGAAAAAGCGGCAACUACAGGUAAUGUUGAUAGCAUCAUAGGGAAUGUCGAUAGUAAGAAUUACAAAUUUCAGUUCAACUACAUCGAUGGUGCACAGCGUGGCUACUUAAACAACGAGAGAAGAGAUAAUUUUCCACAAAGGCAGCAAAUUCAGGAAAAGGAGAGCGGUAGUAAUAUUUCGAUGUCGCAGGUCGACGACGAAACAUCUGAAGAUGAAGGAUCCAUGUCAAUUUAUUCUGCGCUGAACGAUCCUGUACAUUCGAGUAAUCCAAUUCGCUCAAUGAGAACAUCGACCAAGUCAUUCCAAAGGGCAGAAGCAUCUUUACAAAGGAUGCGUUUCCGAAGAAGAAGCAAGAGCAAAUCAAAUGCAGCGAGGCCCGACUCUAUUUAUAGUGGUCUCGAUCUUUUCAACAAUAGCACACCUAAUCUGGUUUCAAUUGUUAAAGAAGAUGAGGCGUUUCAUCCGUUGUCAAGCUCUGAAGCUUCGAUGCAAAGACCGAAGGGUAAGAUCGGCCCCAGCGGAUCGUGGAAACGAUUGUCUAGUGUCAAUCUUUCAAACUCUGAGAACAAAAACGAGCUCAACGAGGUUUCAUCACUACAUAUGGAAGCUCUGUUGGAUCAGGUGCUAAGUGACCAGAAUUUCGAAAAUCCAGAUGAAUGGAAAAGAAUACUUAAUGGAUGUUUACGAAAAAUCCAAACAAUAAGGCUCAAUGCCAAGGAUUCCACAACUUUAGAUUUCCGUCAAAAUUAUGUUAAAAUCAAAAGAAUUUGUGGUGGAAAUAGUGAAUCAUCAGAAUACAUCAAUGGUGUAGUAUUCUCAAAAGCACUUCCGUGCAAGAACAUGCCGAGGCUGGUGGAAUCCCCACGCAUAUUGUUAGUCAUGUUUCCGUUGGAAUACCAAAGAAACGAAAAUCACUUUUUAAGUAUCGAGACUGUCAUUGCGCAAGAGCGAGAGUACCUCGAUAAGUUAGUAUCGAGACUUACCUCUCUGACCCCCAGUGUUGUGCUCGUCGGUGCAAAUGUCAGUGGAUAUGCCCUUGAGCUUCUGAACAAAGCAGGCGUGGUUGUCCAAUUUAAUUUAAAGCCACAAGUGAUCGAGCGGAUAGCUAAACUAACUGAAGCAGAUAUCGCUAUAUCCAUCGACAAGUUGGCAGGAAAUGUGAGAAUGGGAUCAUGCGAGAAAUUCGAGGUUAACUCAUAUGUUUACAGAAAUAUCAGUAAGACGUAUACUUUUAUCAGGGGGUGCAACCGUGAGCUAGGUGGAACGAUUUUACUAAGAGGAGACACAGAAGAAAAUCUGAGAAAGCUUAAAGAUGUAUCUGAAUUUAUGGUCUACGUUGUAUUCUCUCUCAAGUUGGAAAGUGCAUUGUUCAACGACAACUUCCUCCAAAUAUCCACAAAUUACUACCUGAAAGAAAAGCAAGAAAAGAAGAAUGAAGUAGUGACUGGUUUUUUCGCUGAGUUUCUUGAAAAGUUUAAUAAAAGAAUCUUGACAGUAUCCCCAACUGUCGAGUUUCCUGUGCCUUUUCUUCUGAGAAGAGCUAGAGAGUUGGAACUGCAACUCAUUGAAAAGAGAAAGGAAAGCGAAUACUUGGAGGAGCACGGAGAGGCAGCCAGAGCCUUUGUCACCGAGUUGCUAUCACUGGCUUCAACAUUAACAAAGAAUGACUUCAAGUAUCUGAUCAAAUUUAUCCACGAGAAAGAGUUAGAGAAUUUGGAACUACAAUUUCAAAAAAGAAGCAGACACUGGGAAGUCUCGUGUGCUCAAUCACACAACAUGCUGGGCACAGGGUCUCAUCAGUGUAUCACGGUACUCUAUUCUAUGGUCUCUACCAAAACAGCUACCCCUUGUAUUGGGCCUCAAUUGGUCACGAUUGACUAUUUCUGGGACAGUGAUAUAUCAGUAGGCCAAUUCAUCGAAAAUGUUGUUGCAACUGCGUCAUAUCGUUGUCGCCAAGGUUGUGGAGGGGUACUUAUGGACCAUUAUCGAAGUUACGUCCACGGUUCAGGCAAAGUGGACGUUCUCCUGGAAAAGUUUCAAACGCGUCUGCCAAAGUUAAAAGAUAUCAUAGUCACCUGGAGCUACUGCAAAAAAUGUGGAACGUCAACCCCAAUUCUACAAAUGAGCGAAAAGACAUGGAAUUAUUCCUUUGGAAAGUACCUUGAAGUCAUGUUUUGGAGUAAGACGGAAAGCGUAGCAGGAAUUGGUAAAUGUACUCACGAUUUUGCCAAAGACCAUGUAAAGUAUUUUGGUUUCAACGAUCUGGUGGCACGUAUGGAGUAUUCGAAUUUGGAAGUUCACGAAUUAGUUACACCUCCUCGCAAAAUUACAUGGACUCCUUACAAAGAUAUCAAGAUGAAGGUUGAGCUCUAUUACCAAAUUCUAGACAAGAUCGACGCAUUCUAUAACAGUGUCCUGAGUCGUUUAAGCCGUGUUAAAUUGGAUAGCAUGUCAGGUGAAAAACUGUUAACAGGCCAAUCUACUUUAGAGGCAUUGAAAUCGAAAGUUGAUGAGGAGAAAAGUGUCCUCAUUAAUGAUUUGGAAAGAUACUACCGUGGCGACCCUGGAGAUCAGCAUAUACGCCUAAACAUAAUUAUAAAAGCAUUACACGAUAGAGCUGUCAGUUGGGAUUCUGAGUUCACAGAGUUUGGUAAGAAGUUCCUUCCAUCAGAAACGGAUAUCACCCGUAUUACCUCUCAUCAGUUGAAAAAACUCUUCACAGACUUUGGAAGCUCUGAUGAAAGAACAGAAGAGGAAGGGCUUGAUAGAGUGGAUGACGAAGAAAAAGAGGAAGACUCUACACAUGCUAAGGAAAUUGAUGAAAAUUCCCAACAUGUCGAUGCCGAAAUACCUUUCUAUUCUUCCCAGAAUGAGCAAGAAUCCUCUCAGAACGAGAUUGAAAACAAUCUUAACGAUGUUGGGCUAAGUGAGAACCAAAAAACUAGAUCAAAUACAGCCCUUGCAAACUCACAACUGACUGCAGAUCAUCCACUUGGUAAUAGGACAUCUUCUUCGUUCAACAAGUCCUUUGAUAACGGGCUUGUGUCGGAUCUACAAAAAUCAAGAGGGAGCGAGUCUUUGAGCAGUUCCUCCUCGAUUGCGAAAGAACAUAGAGUCAGUAACAAGGUAGGACAACUAGCUAACUUCUUUGACCAAAUGCAUUUUGAUGCAUUAUCGAAGGAAUUUGAGCUACAGAGAGAAAAGGAAAGAGUUCAGUUAAACAAGAACAAGUAUCAAGCUUUGCGGAUUCACACUUCUACGCCAAUAGUUGAAAUCUACAAAAAUGUCAAGGAUGCAGUUGAUGAGCCUCUGCAUGAUCUGAGUAAGCGUGAUGAAACGAAGGCGAAAGAACCUGUUGACAAAACAACGAUUAUGCCGAACAAGCACAAGAUACAUGACAAGCUUGAAAGUCAAUUGGAGAAUUCCAUUUAUCAAUGGGGAGAGCAAGUGCUACAAGAGGAUACCAAGAGUACUAAACUGGAACCAGCAAAUCUAAUAGUUAACGCAGACGGGAAGGAAGUGAAGUUAAGAGAACCUCUUCCACCCGUAAUGACUACAACGACAGCUAACAAGGAAGGUUCCAAUACUCAACCUGAGAAAUCGCUUUUGAUGAAGGCACUUGCCAAUUUUUGGGCUGACCGAUCUGCAUCUCUCUGGAAACCACUCAGUUAUCCAACUUUACCAAGUGAGCAUAUUUUUGUUGAUAGCGAUGUUAUUAUUAGAGAGGAUGAGCCCACUUCGUUAAUUGCCUUCUGUCUGAGCACACCAGAUUAUAAACAGAAGAUGACAAAAUUGGAUCACCAAAGGCAACCAAGUUAUGCCGCUCCAACCGAAUUUUCUGCAGCAGCUAGCACAAACGCUUCAGAAUAUUUCAACUUUGAAAAGGAAUCUCAAAGAUCAACAGAUUUCAGUUCGAAAACGCAUCCCUCUAGUGAAAAUUUGAGCUCUUCAAAGAUGCCCUCUGGCCAAAGGCCACUACCGACACAAUCAACGCAAACAGAUCCAUGUGAGAAAUUGGAGUCAAUCAUGACUAAGUCAACUGCCGUUCAUCUUAGAUAUCAAUUUGAAGAUGCACUGACUGUGAUGUCAUGCAAGAUAUUUUUUGCGGGACACUUUGAUGCAUUUAGAAGAACCUGUGGUUGUCAAGAAAAGUUUAUUCAAAGUCUAUCGAGAUGUGUAAAAUGGGACUCUAGCGGGGGUAAAAGUGGAAGUGGGUUUCUUAAAACUUUAGACGAUCGAUUCAUCAUUAAGGAACUCUCUCACUCGGAACUGGAGGCCUUCAUAAAAUUCACACCAAGUUAUUUCGAAUAUAUGGCUCAAGCGAUGUUCCACGAUUUACCAACUGCCCUGGCGAAGAUCUUUGGUUUCUAUCAAAUACAAGUCAGGAGUGCUAUUUCUGGUACCAAGAGUUAUAAAAUGGACGUUAUCAUAAUGGAGAACCUAUUUUAUGAGAAGAAGACAACAAGAAUUUUUGACUUGAAAGGAUCUAUGAGGAAUAGACACGUUGAGCAGACCGGAAAGGAAAAUGAGGUUUUACUCGAUGAGAACAUGAUCGAAUACAUUUAUGAAUCACCAAUACACGUCAGAGAAUACGACAAAAAAUUAUUAAGAGCUUCUCUAUGGAAUGAUACAUUGUUUUUGGCCAAAAUGAACGUUAUGGAUUAUUCAUUGGUGGUCGGCAUCGACAACGAGGGACAUACCUUGACUGUCGGUAUAAUCGACUUUAUUCGGACAUUUACCUGGGAUAAAAAGUUGGAGAACUGGGUUAAAGAAAAGGGACUUGUGGGCGGAAACAGCAGCAAGAAACCCACUGUGGUUACUCCAAAACAAUACAAGAAUAGAUUCAGAGAAGCAAUGGAAAGAUAUAUAUUGAUGGUUCCCGAUCCGUGGUAUCAAGAACAUUUCUAA